AUGAUUUUCGAAAAAUUUCACCCUGAUGAAAAAUACACAACUCGAAUUAAGAAUAUUUUAACUGAAUACCCAGAUGGAUCCCAAAUCCUUAGAGAAGUUUUACAAAACUCCGAUGAUGCGAAAAGCACUGUUCAAAUUUUCAUUUUGAAUCAUAAAACCUAUCCUUCUGAAAAGUUGUUUGAUUCAAAACUUAAAAGAUAUCAAGGUCCUGCACUUUUGUCUGCUAAUGACACAAUCUUUCAACCAGAAGAUUUUAAAUCUUUGGUUAGUUUGGCAAACAGCGAGAAAAUAGAUAAAUAUGAUAAAAUAGGAGUUAUGGGUAUCGGGUUCAAUUCGAUUUUUCAUAUCUCAGAUGUGAGCUCAAUUAUUUCCGGAUCAUCUUACGUUCUUAUUGAUCCUCAUGAGCGAAGAUAUUGUGAAAUGGAAGCUGGUCAGAGGGGUUUCAAGACCGACUUCUCAAUAAAUGACAUGCUCAAUAAUUCUGAUCAAUUUGAGCCUUUUUUGGUUGACUUCAUAAGUUCAGAAUUGAUUAAGAAGAAUCCUUAUCAAUUCGAUGAUAAACCAGAAGGGUUUCAUAAUGGAACAAUAUUUCGAUAUCCGCUUCGAACUUCUAGGGAUGCAGAGGAAUCAGAGAUUUCCAAUAAACAAUACAGCACUGAAGAUAUAAAGGAAUUGUUUAAUGUCUUUUUCAAAGUUGACAAUAUUUCUUGUCUCCUGUUUUUGAAGCAUAUUGAAAAGAUUUUAUUCUUUGAACUUAAAGAAAAUGAAGAUAAGCCUGAACUAUUGUAUGAAAUUGGAAUUGAUAAUAUGAAGCAAAUAAUUCAUGAAAGGGAAUUGUUAACUAAAAAUAUGAUAUCAAUGAUGACAUCUCCAACGGGUCAAGAUUCUUUUGAAACUAUUUAUGAAAUGAAGUUUUCACAAAAAGCUAAGCGUAUCAAUAACAAAAGCGAAUGGUUAAUUGUUAACUAUAUCUCUAGCACGAAUGAUGAAAAAUAUAUUAAAUUUAAAAAUCAUAUUCGUGAUUGUAAAUUUGUACCAAGCGUCGGAUUAGCUGUACGAAUUGAUAACGUGGCUAGAAAUAAAGGGAAGCUCUUCUGUUUUUUACCAUUACCUGGUGAUUAUGAUGACUUUUCUGUUUCGAUUAAUGGUUGCUUUGCAGUCAGUAAAAACAGAAGACAUUUAGAGAUUUCAAUGGAUGAAGAUCUGGUGCAAGGUGAUUUAUUACGUCUUAAAGGUGCAUGGAAUAGAUAUUUAUUUGAAAAGGCUAUCCCUGAAGCAUGGAAGAAACUUUUAACAGAAAUAAUAAAAAUAAAAAAUAAAAAUGUUUCACACGAAAACAUUUAUACGUUUUGGCCAUUACCAGUUGAUGGAUCCUCUCAAGAAUUCGACACUAAAAAUUGUUUAUGGAGAAAUCUCUUACAAGAUCUUAUUAAUCUCCUCGAGCCUAAUCUUCAAGUUUUUCGUGGUCCUUCAGGGUACUUAUCAAUGAAUGAUGGGUAUUUAAAUGACAAAAAUUUCUGCAAAUCAUCAAAUCUAUCAAAGAUAUUGGAAAAGUUAGGAUUUCCUAUCUUUGUAAAAAUUCCAGAAUCAAUCGUAGCAAAAUUAGAGAAAUCUUUAAAUUACAAGAAUAUUUUAAAAUAUAUUACGCCAGAAAAAGUAUGUGAUUAUCUUAAGAAAUCGGACAGACCACUUCUUGAUCGUCUUGAUCGUCAGAAAAGGUUAAUUCUAUUGGAAUAUAUUCUUGAAGUGAAUGAUGUCUCUAAUCUCCAUGGGAUUCCAUUGCUUCCAGUCGAAAAUAAGGUCUUUACAACUUUUGAAUCAAAAAAUAAUCCUGAAAAAAUUUUUUACAUUACUAGCAAAAAUGAGCAUAAACUUAUCAAUGAAAAACAUUAUGAAUCAAUCAUUGAUAACGAAAUUGAUGAUAAACUUUUAUCAAAAUUAAAAUCUUAUGCAAAAAGUGAAAAAGAUAUUAAUAUAAAAAUUCUUUCAGAAAUUCAAUUUGUGAAGAUUCUUAAGAGUUCAUUGGAAGGAUAUUCUGAAAAUUUUCAAGAAAUUCCAAUUGGAAAAAACAAAAUCGAAUGGAUAUAUAAAAUUUGGGAUCAUUUGCUACAAACCAACAGAAAUUUAUCAAAUUUUGAAGACCUUCACCUUUUACCAAUCAAAAAAGAUUAUGAAAUUCUCUUGAGGAAAUUAAAAACAAUACCAAAAUGCUUAUGCCAUUCACUACGCCAUCAAAUGAUUGACGAUAUAUCAAUUAAUACUUUGACACAAAUAUUCGAAUUUUUAGGCUCUACCUUUAUAAUUAAUGAUUUUGAAAAACAAAUUGUUUCAAAAUAUCCAAAGCUUAAAAAUUAUUUAAUUGAGCUCGACAAUGUUACAGCGGUCUUAUUAUCUCUCGGAGAAGAUCAGUCAUUUCCACGCAAUGUCAAAGAAUCUAAACUUAGCUAUUCUGAAAAAAAUUUUUUGGUUAAAUACAUGGGAACUUAUUUGCAGCGUGAAUCUUAUUUUGACGUCAAGCUAAUAGAAGUGAUAAAAUAUUUUCCAAUUUUUACCAAAUUAAAUGAUAAGCAAAUUAUAGACAUCAAUUCGAUAUCUAGAGCAGAACAUUAUUUACUUCCUAAGGAAGAUGAAAAAUCAAGUGGGCGUAUUAUUUCGCAUUGCACAUUUCUGGAAACUCAUACUUCUAAUGAUAUUAGUUUUCUUCUCGAAAAAGUUCUAAAAAUUAAACGAUUAGACCAAAGAACAUAUUGGAAAGAUCAUGUCAUUAGACAUUUAAAUAAGCAAACUCCUGAUAUUCAAGAUGAAUUGGUUAAAAAGCUUUUUCAGAGAUGGGAGGUUACAAGUCUAUUUCGAAGUGACCUUUCAAAAAUAUCAUUUGUUUCAACAUCAUCAAAAAGAAAAAAACCAAAUGAAAUCUUUGAUCCUAAUAACUCACAUAUUAAAGAUUUAUUCUUUUCGAAUGAAUCAUUUUUUCCUACUGGAAUGUAUUUAAACAAUCAAGAUUAUCUUCAUAAAUUACGUCAACUAGGGAUGAAAAACUCAAUGACUAUAGAGGAUUUAAUUAAUCGAUUAGAUACUUACGCAAGAAGUAAUACCAGUGAUCGAUAUUCUAAAUCUCUUGAACUGCUAAAAUAUAUUGAUGAUAAUUAUCAUGAUUCGAUAAAUGAUUUUUCAUUUCGCAAAGAAAUACAAAAUAGAGUGUGGAUUCCAGCUUUAAAAGAAAAUAAAGAAAAAACAUUUUCAAAAGCUUCAGAAUGUAGAGAUAAAUUGCAUCAAAAUUUGGUUUCUUAUAUAAUGCCAAUAGUUCAAUAUCAAAUCAAAAAUAAUAAUUUGCGUCAAAUUUUGGGAUGGAAUAAUGAUCCGCCGGUAAUGAAAGUAAUAGAGCAAUUAUUAUAUUUAACAAAUUUAAUAAGUCAAAAUAGUUCUUAUUAUGACAUAGGAAAUCAAAUUUAUAAAAUUUAUGAUCAUUUAAACAAUGUUGUUAAAAAUUCAAGUUACGAUAUAAACCUUUGGAAAAGUAAAUUAUCAGGGAAAAAAUGGAUUUUUAAUGAUGAUAAACUUUAUACAACCGAUGAAAUUGUGUUUUCUUCUAUAGUUAAAAGUGAUAUGGUUACACUUUCAAAUCACAAUAAAAAUAAUUAUUCAAAGCUUUUUAAUGAACUUGGAGUUAAACACGAACAAGAUUAUUUUAAAUUACUUUCAACUUAUGAAUUUUCGGGUAAAACGCAAAAAACCAUAAUUGAUAUGAUUGAACAUUUAUCUCAUACUGAAGAUGAAAAUAAAUUAAAAGAAUUAUUAAUUCCAAACAUGAAUGGAAAAAUGGUCCCUUGCAAAGAAUUAUUUUAUGAUGAUAUGGAUACAAGAGCUAAAGAUUCAGAUAAAGAUUUUAAUAUUAUGGCACAUUCGUCUAUUUCAAGAGACAUAGCAAAGAAAUUAAAACUUAAAAAUUUUAGUGAAGCAUUCUUAAAAGAUAAAAUCGAUCUUGUUCGACAAAAUGAAAAUAAAUUUGAUCUUGAGGAGAUUGUUUUCCAAGAAUUUCUCAAAAACGCGGAUGAUGCAGGAGCAGAACAAUUUUGCAUUAUUCUUGAUGAAUGUAGAUAUCCAUCUAAAUAUUUAAUAAAAGAAGAUAUGGAAAGUUGGCAAGGACCAGCAAUAUGGAUAUAUAAUGAAAAAGAAUUUUCUUCAAAAGAUCUCGAAUCACUUAACGACAUUGGUAGGAGUACCAAAGGACCUGACGAAAUUGGAAAAUACGGUUUUGGGUUUGCAUCAUGUUAUAAUUUUACCGAUAUGCCACAAAUAAUAUCAGGAUGGAAGAUAAUAUUUUUUGAUCCACAAAGAAAAAUUUUUUCUGACAAACAAUGUUAUGGCUCUAUAUUUGAUUUUGAGGAUUAUAAAAAGGAGGAAAACCACAUAAUGAAAAUGUUUAAAGAUCAGUUUGAAUCUUAUCUAAAACUUGAAGGGUGUGGGUUCAAAGUUGAUUUUAACAAAAAAUUCAAUGGAACAUUGUUUAGAUUACCACUCAGGACAGUUGAAAGUCCAAUUUCUGACAAAAUCUAUACCGCGCAAACUAGUGUUGAUAUUAUCGAUCAUAUUGAGAAAUUAUUAGAAGUUGUAAAGAAAGAUGCAAUUUCAGAACUGAUUUUUUUGCGUAAAGUGAAAUCCAUCAAAGUAUUUAGAAAAAGGUGUUUAGAUAAUGUAAUGAAGCCCUUAUGGGAUGUUGAAAUUAAAAAAAUAUCUACUGGCAAUCGUAAAUCACUUGGAAAAGAACCACAAGUACUUAAGCUUGAUGUUCAAUAUAAUGAAUUUGUUGACUCAUACAGCGAAAACAGUAUUUCAAAAACAGUCAAAUGGCUUAUAUGUGCAGCAGAAAAAGAUAAUAAAAACUUAUGGAAUGCGAUUGCAGCAAUUAUUCCUGAGAAACAGAAUGAAACCAUUUUUAAAAGAAUAUUCAAUUCGUAUCGGAAUAAAAAAAUUUUCAAUGGAAAAUUUUAUUCGUAUCUUUCACUUUCAAGCUUUUCAGAACUUCCCGUCAUUUUACAUUCAAACGGUUGGGAACUUUCAUCAGAUCGAAGAAGUCUUGCACAAAAUAAUGAGAAUAAUACAAAUAUUUUAAAUAAUAUUUCCCAACUUCAUGUAAAACUUUUUGAAGAGUUUGCGAAAAUUGGGCAGCAAGAGAAUGAAAACUAUCAAAUUAUUUCUCAAUUCUGGCCAAUUCCAAAAAUCGAAAAUGAUACAUUUAAAAUUAAAGAAUAUGGUCAAAAGGUAUUGGAAUAUUUAUGUAAAAAAAAUUCCGAGAUAUUUUGGUCACCAUAUAAUAAUGGUAAAUACGUUAGCUUAAAAAAUAGUGUCUUUAUAAAUGAUGAAACGCCAGAAAAUAUUUUAAAUUUUCUGAAUGAACAUGAUCACCCUACAGUAAAAAUUAAACCCGAACAUCAAAAUGAAUUCAAAGAAAAAAAUGGAUAUCGGCAAGUUAAUCCUCAACUUGUUCGAAAAAUCUUAAAAAAUGAUGAAUCUAUAUUAGAUGAUUCGGAUUUAUCAUUACCUGAACAGUUUUCUUUGUUGAGAUAUAUUCUUGAAGAUAAAAACUAUAAAGAUCUUGAAAAAAUUUCUUUAGUUCCAUUAUUUAAAAAUAAAUUUGGAAAGUUUGCAACCGAAAAAAAUUAUAAUAUCGCUACAUUAGAAGAGCUAAAUUUAUUUCCAAAAGCUGGAUUAGAAUACUUCAUCCCUGAUGAUCUAUUACACGUAAAAUCGUAUGAUUUGCACACUAUCUUUUAUAAAGAUGAAUUUCUCAAAGCUACAAACAUUCAAAAAUUUGAUGAAUCAACAAUUAGACGUUUUCUACAGCAAGAGUUACCUCCUAUAUCAGAAAGAGAUUGGAAUCCAUUAAGUUUAACAAUUCCAAAUAAAAAAUGGCUUGAUGAAAUAUGGUCUAGAAUCUUAAAUCAUUCACUAGCACCAUAUAGACCUUUUCCCUUAUUAGAAGUAUACGACCCAAAUAAACAAGACCAGCACCAGUUGAUUAGUUUAGAAAAUGCAGCAUGUAAACCUUUAUUAGUCUACCCAAUUUAUUUCGAAUACAAAUUUGAUAUAAUUCAGGCAUUGACAAAUAUCGGCAUUCGAUUUACUAAACAUAAACAUGAUGAGGCACUCAAUAAUUAUAUUAAAUUAUUAAAUCCAGAUAAUAUAUUAAAUGUUAUUGGCAAAUAUCAGUGCAUUGAAAAUCAACUUAUUAAUAAGAAAGAAGAUAUAGAGAAUCUAUGCCAAUAUUUUACUGCGAAAUUGUCUCCGUCAGAUUAUCAAGGGUGUAUUAUUAAUAAACAGAUAUUUGCACAAUUGCCUAUAUGGUCAAUACAUACUUUAGAUUCCGAAAAUCCAGUAUUUAAAUCAAUUUCAGAUCCUAAUACAUAUCUGGUGCCUUCAGGUAAAAACUCAUGGAGACCAUUCACAUUUUUUCCACAAAAUCAAAAUGGAACUUUUUAUUAUAAUGUAACAUACGAGAGCCGAAAAUUAUUAGAAGCUGCAGGUGCCAAAAUACGAAAUAGGUUAAACUAUUAUAAAGAAGUUUUUGUUAAAGAUAUGAAAGAGAUUCUUCCCUAUCAACGAAAUUUUUACUCAGAACUUUUAAUUGAAAUGCUAAGUGAUACUGAAAACCUUGAUAAGAUUAAACCUUAUAUAAAGAAUUUAAAAAUUUUUCCAGAUGAAAAAUAUCAACUUUAUGUUGCAAGAGAUUUAAAUGAUCAAGACAACCAACUACUUCAAAUUAUUUAUAAAAGCUCCAAUCGAUUUCUUCCUAAAUGCAUUCAAAGCAAUCAAGAUUGUUUAAAUGUGCUCGAAGAAUUAGGAUUUGUAAGAAAAGUUACACCAGACAUUUUUAUCGAAUGUGUCAAGCAUAUUCGAAAAUUGUUUAAUGACCGCAAGGAUAAUAUGAUUAAAUUAGAUGAUCUUAAGUAUUUAGGAAGAACUGCUCUUUACUAUUUUUAUAACAAUCAAUCUACAUUAAAAUUUUCAGAAUACGAAUGGGAGGAAUUGUCAAAAAUCAAAUUCGUUCCGACCUCAAAGAACUUUUUAAAAUAUCCGUACUCAUAUAGUAGUAACAACCAUAUGGAUGAGUUGGAAUGUUUUGAAAAUUUAUGUCUUUCAAAGUACAAAAAUUUCGCAUGGACUCAAUUAGCAUUUUUUGAAAUUGAACCGACUGAGGAGGUUAUAAAAAAUUAUGAGAACUUUGGUCUACCGACUGUUUCAACUAUUGUUAAUCAUUUAACAACAAUUCAAUCCACAGUAUCUAAAAAAUCUGAAAAUUGGGAACAGAGUGGUAAUGAAUUAUUUGAUAUAAUUAAACAAAUUUACGAAAAAUUAGAUUCACUAUGUAUUGAAAGAAGUGAUGAUCUAAAAUCGUACUUUUCGGAUGACCCUUCACUCUUUUUAAAUGGUACAAACCCAUUCGAAUCAGAAAUCUGGACUCCUGCUUCACAUCUAGAUAUAAACAUUAAAAAGGAUUUUAAUCCAGACAGAAAAGCUACCGCAGAAUAUCUUAAAAGCUAUGAAAAUCUUUUAAUUUUAGCUGGCGCAAAAAAACGAAAAUUUCCGGAGAAUGAGAGAUUUAAAGAUUUUGAAGAAAAAAAUACACAGCAUUUAACUAAUUCAAUGAUUGGUUCUUUAUGCAUUGGAGAAAACACAAAUAAACUUAAUGAUGUAUCAUUUAACGUUAAUGGGCAAAAAUUUCAUGCAAAUUUAAUGAUAUUGAGUUGUGCAGCAUCGUACUUUAAAAAAAAUAGUUUUGUUGAAGAUGAUGUCAACCCAGAUUCAUUCAAUAUUUUGUUACGAUGGUUAUAUGGUGAAUCACUAUCUCAAGCUAUAAAUAACAUUGGGAAAAAGGAGUAUGCUGAUGAUUUUAUUCAAAUUUGUGGUGAUUUGUUAAAAUUAGCAAUAAAAAUUGAACUUGAAUCACUUAAACAGUUGAUUGAGCAUAAAUUAUUUACUCAUCUUGAUAUUAAUUUGAAUGAAAAUAUUCUUAAAAAAGUGAAGUCUCUGGCUAAUGAAUAUGAAUUAUUUGAUCUUUCAGAUUAUUGUGAUAA